CGUGGGUUAAACGCUGACUGCACGCUACCCACUACCCAGUAUCCACCCCCAUCCCGCCCCCUCGCUCUCCCUCUCUCAGCUGUGUGUACGAGUACCUGCCAUGCGUGCGUGUGUGAGUGGGCGCGUGAGUGUGCCAUGCCGUUGGUUGUCCUAUGCGGAUUUCACGGUUGCUGCCCUCCUCGUGUCUUGCAACUUCACCCGAAAAGGAACAGACCACACGUCCCUUCGGAAUUCCACUGCCGUUCCACGCACCGGACUGAAGCACGGCAUUCUGCUUGUCUGUCAUUCGGGAACAGCCUACCGAUAGUAGCUCCCUUACUCGCUGCAUCUCUGUGCUACGGUUCAGUGCUGCUGAUACCGGUGGUUUAGUACUGUUGGGGGAAUACCGACACUGCAGAGAGAGGGAGAGAGCGGAGAGGAGGAUGGUUCCUGGUGUAGGAGGAGGGAGGUGAUCAUGGCAGAGUGGUGCCUCUGACCCCCUCUCUAAAGAGCGGAGACUACCGCCUCAACUACCUCCCUCCUCCUCCCUUUCAUCCCAACCCCCUUACCCCACCCCCUCUAACAUUUACCUUACACCCCUAACGCCCCUCCACCCCCCCCCCCCAACACGAGUCACCAUGACGACCUCAGCGUUGCGUCGCCAGGUGAAGAACAUCGUUCACAACUACUCUGAGGCAGAGAUCAAGGUGCGCGAGGCGACGUCCAACGACCCGUGGGGCCCCUCCUCCUCGCUGAUGUCAGAGAUCGCUGACCUCACCUUUAACGUGGUGGCGUUUGCUGAGGUCAUGGGCAUGGUCUGGAAACGCCUCAACGACCACGGGAAGAACUGGAGACACGUCUACAAGGCCCUGACGCUGCUCGACUACUUGAUCAAGACCGGCUCAGAGAGAGUGGCUCAGCAGUGCCGCGAGAACGCAUUCACCAUACAGACGCUGCGGGACUUCCAGUACAUGGACCGGGAUGGCCGGGACCAGGGGGGCAACGUGAGGGAGAAGGCCCGCCAGCUGGUGUCUCUACUCAGGGACGAGGAACGGCUCAGACUGGAGAGGAGCCAGGCGUUGACCACUAAAGAACGCAUGACGGCUGGAACAGGGGGAGGAGGAGGGACGGGGGGAGGAGGAGGAGGGACGGGGGGGAGGAGGAGGAGGGAUGGGACAUGGACUCACUACGGGGAAGAGUUCAUCCGCUCCCGGGGCUCGCCCUCCUCCUUUAACUCCUCUUCAUCCUCUCCUCGUGAAGCGUCUGAUCUAGAACAGGCCCGCCCCCAGACCAGCGGAGAGGAGGAGCUACAGUUACAGCUGGCCCUGGCCAUGAGCAGAGAGGAGAGUGAGAAGCUGGCCCCACCUCCUCCCAUUGCUAUGGAGACAGAUGACACACAGCUCCAGAUAGCUCUGAGCCUUAGCAAAGAGGAGCACGAGCAGUGUCUCCAUGGAAACUGUGUUGAUGAUGUCACCUUGCCGCCUCUGCAGGACCAGCGGUGUCUCCAAGGAGACGAGUCGUUUUUGCAGAGAGCCCUGGACGAGAACAGAAGGGACAGUCACACAGGGACAGGGGAGUCCGCCAUUUUGAAUCUGGUGGAUAUCUUUGGCCCCUCUGAGGCUCCGCUCCCAGCUGACGACCUCUGGGACGCCCAGCCUGCUGUGACCUCUGACCCCUGGGACUCUGUGGCAGUCCACUCCAACACUCCUGUGAUUGGUAGUCCCUGGAAGACCCGCCCCUCCUCCAGCAGCCCAGCCAAUCCUUGGGCUCCGUCACGCUCUCCCACCUGGGAAGCUCCACCCACAUCAUCAUCCAGCCCUGUCAAUCACGGCUGGGAGAGCCCGCACCCUCUUACAGGGGACGGUACUGAUAGGACGGAUCCCUUCUCUGUCAGGGAGGAGGAGGAGUGUAAAGGAGAAGAGGGACCACCUCAACCUGGCAGUCCUACUGGCCCAGACCUGUUUGGGGAGCGUGUCCUGUCCCCCGAGGUGAACGGGCGAGGGGGGGGCAGUCCGGAGAUGUUUGACCUGUCCCGUCUCGCCCCCCCCCAGGGCUACGCGGCCCCCCGGAUGUGUCGCACCCCAGAAGCCUUCCUGGGACCUACGGGGGCGUCGCUCGUCAACCUGGACGCACUCAUCCCCCCUAAUCCUCCUAGCAGGACCCACAACAACCCCUUCCUCUUAGGUCUGAGUGUUCCCUCUCCCACCAACCCAUUCCACUGUGACCAGCCCCGUCUCACACUCAACCAGAUGCUCCGUCCCUGUUCCACCUCCCCACUCCCCCCUCACACCCUCCCCUACAGCCCUUCUCUCCCCCUCCCUCUCCCACACCACACCCAGCCCUCCCCCGGCCUCCUGGACCUCCCCUCUAACCUGCCCCAUCCCCUCCUCCCCCUCUCCCCCGCCCCAGCCCACCGCGUCCCGCCCCAAUCUCACACACACAGCCACAACCCGUUCCUCUGAGUCCUGAGUCCUGAGGGGAGAUGGAGAGGCAACUGGCUCUACAACAACCCCUUCCUCUCAGGCCUGAGGGAAACUGGCUCUACAACAACCCCUUCCUCUCAGACCUGAGGGGAAACUG